AUGUCUAUCGACAACUCGCUGGACAGGCUUCUCACAAGCCAUGGAGGCCCAGUUACCAAUGGACUCAACGCACGCUUCAGGAAAGCGCUGAAAGAAUUUGCGGUAUCGCAAAAACUGCAAUACUCUCAAGACAAUAUCGGCAACAUUUAUAUCACCCGACCGGGUAGAGAUCACGAACUCUCCAGCAUUUGUCUAACAUUCCCGCUUGACGAGCCCGACGAGCACCUCGCCUUCUCGGGUGCCUUUCAAGCCUUUUCACAUUUCGAAAGCCAUGGGCUUAAAACAGAUCUGACUUUGCUGGGAUGGACUUCAACUGAUGGCAAGCUGGGAGGAAGGGACUUUUGGGAUACAUUUGUAUUCAAGAAAGAGCCCGUUGGGCAGCAGGUAGCCCACCUUCAGCAGUUCGAGGGACUUCCUGAUCCUUCGAACUUCUCAUCCUCUGCGAUGAUUGAAAUUCAGGAGUACACAGGCAGAGACUUGACCGUAUCAGGAUCGCCAGUCCUCGUUACUCGAGUCAAGAAGCUUGCUCCAGACCAUUGCAAAAUUGGCUCUUCUUCAAGAAAGGCAUCUAGGGCUCCAGAAAUCCUGAUUCAAGGCGAAGGUGCCGAGGACUUAGCGCAGCGACUGAUUCGAGAUUAUAGUGAUUACAUAGCCGCGCUGUUUGAGAAUUUCGACUAA